GGAAGGGGCGGGUUUUCCGGCGGACUUAUCCCCGGCAACCAGCGGCCUACCAUGGCGGCGCUCCGCCUGCGCCUCGCUUUCGACUAUCCGCCGCCGCUGCUGCCUUCCGCCCGGUUUUGCUGGCUACUACUGCCCGACGAGCAAUGCCGAGUGGUGGCCGACCUGGAGAGCAUCAUCCGUGGCCGCUUCGGCUUCAGUCGCCGCACCCGGCUGCACCUCUUCCUGGACGGUGGUCUGCUGCCGCCCAACGAGAGCGUCCUGUUGGUGCGGGACAACGACUCGAUCCGGGUGAGACAAGAGGAGUUGCCAGUGGACGGGCCUGUGGCCAGUGAGGAUGCAGGUGGGCUGCUGCUGAUGAACAGGAAAGGGAACAGACACCAAUCGGCGGAGAGGAAGAGCAGAAAGCGGAGGAAGCUUGCGGAGCUGAGUGAGGGGCAAACCCCCAACUCGACUGAGGAAUCUGUCUGCGGCAUAACCACAGAACAUUUGGGGAAGAGAAAGAAGGCAGCAGAGGAUGGUGCUCAGAAAAAACAAGGCAAGAAGAGAAAAUAUAAGCAUAGCAAAAAGUGGGAGAGGAUUGAAGCUUGCAGUGAGAGCCCUACGUUACAACGACACUCUCUGGCCACAACAUGCACUGUCCCAGCCUUGGGGAGCAGAGACUGGGAGAGGGUUGUACCUCGCAGUGAGAGCCCUACAUUACAACGACACCCCCCAGCCACAACGUGCACUGCCUCAACCUCAGACAGGUUCUCAGCUGGUGAACCGGAUCACCAUGCUCCGGCGACUAAUGGUUUUUUAUCGGUGCCCGGCCUCGCUGGGAAGGGACAGAACUGCAGGAGUUCGGAGCAGACAAGAAGCAUGCUGGCAGCAGCAGAGACAAGCAGCAGCACUGACACACACAGCAGUGAUUCAGACACCCCCAUGGGGAGCCGGGAGGCUCUUCCUAGCCCUGCCUCGAUCACAGCCCUUCCUGCCUCCAGCUCGUCUGCAGGCUCCGGGGAUUCCCAGCCAGAGAAGUCCGGGGAAGUGGAGACUGCAUCAGGAUGUCAGACCGCCUCUCCACCUGCCCCACCCUGUCAUCCAGGCAGAAUAGGCUUUGGACUGGGGUGCGGGAGGGGCCGUGGACGAGGAGGUGUGACUCCACCGUGGGUUGGUGCUAGGGGCUGGCAGCAGCGGGGUCCCACCCGGGGCAGGGGCCGAGGGACUGGAGGCCCACAUAACCGCUGUCCACGUGGCCGUGAUACAAAGCCAGGAGAAUGGUUGGACCCCUCACCUGCACAGCACUGGACCUCAGAGAGUGUCCCUAAGGUUCCUCAGAGGGAUUACAGCAAACUGCCGCUCCUGGCCGCUCCACCGCAGGUUGGGGAACGGAUUGCCUUCAAGGUGCUGGAGUUGUCGGAGAAUUACACACCGGAACUGUCUGAUUACAAGGAAGGAAGAAUCGUGAGCUACGAUGCUGAAACCCAGCAGGUGGAGCUCAGUGUGGAAUCGGAAUCCUCAGAAAGUUCCAAAGAGCCUGGAAAGUUCGACCUCGUUUAUCAGUCUGAGAACGGAGAGGAGGUGGUGGAGUAUGCAGUGACAAGGGAGACCCAGUUGACACAAAGCUGGAGUUCACUGGUGGAGCCUCGUCUGAUAGUGCCUUCUGCUGCUGAGACCGAGGCGUUGGAGAUGGCCUGUUAACCCCCUCCUUCCUGCACUCUCUCCUCCACACUUUGCUGUAUAGAGCUGUGUGUUGUAGGUGAACCAUGCAAUUGGACUGUGAUGGCUUUGGUACCUUUGUGAAUCAUGGAAUAAAUGUUUUUGUUUAUUAAA